AUGUCCUCUUGCGAACAGAUCCCCUCUAUCACCAUCUGGGGAACUACCCAGAUCACCAGCACUUCCUCUUACUUUUCAACUUUCACCUCUCUUGUCCCUGGCGACGAGAUCACGCGUACUGCCACUUCCAUUGUCCCUGGCACUUGCGACGAUGGCGACGACUGUGCGUCCUCCACCAGUGUAGGAGUCAGCACGAUCACAAUGAUGAAGACCAGUGUUGGGAGUAGUGCAGUGGAGACACAGGUCGUAGACACAAGUAUCGUUCCCCAAAACACACUCUACUACCCUUGUUCAAAUACUUCUCAAGCGACUUCUCUGCCUGCUACUGCGAGUUCUGGCUCGUCUCAGCCUGCCGCUACCCAACAGGGCACGCAGAUGCAGGCAAGCACUACCGGUGCUUACCCCGUCACGAGCCCGCUCCCGUCGAGCAUCAUUGUCGAUGAUGGGUCAUCGACUGGUCAAUUUUCUUUGGGUUUAUCGCAAAGCAGCUCGAGCGCAACCCGAUCACUAUCCCAAGCUGUUUCGACGGCUUCUCACACGAUCACCAUGAGCGGCGCGUCUCCAUUUUCGACGGGUACACUAUCUGCGUCCUCCUCUCACUCUACAUCAUCGACAAGCGACGGUUUAUCGGACGCUUCGCGCCAUGAUGCUGCUUCUAGCGGCUCUUCUUCCAACCAUGGAGCUAUCAUUGGCGGCGUGGUUGGCGGGAUGCUGGCGUUGCUUUCACUGCUUGCCUUACUGCUUUGUUGCCUACGCCGAAGAAGAAAACGUUCAGAGCUUCCAAGCGAACAAAAAGACGAUGCUGGAGAUUACUGGGAAAGGAAAUUCAGAGCUCUGGAAGCCGGGGGAGGAAGUGGCAGCGUUGAGGGGGGCGCGGAGAAGGAUGAGUGGGAUCUCAAGUCUAGCAGGAAGCUACAUCUAACACUGGACCUGGCAUCCAAAGACAUCGAUAUUACCUCUGCCCGGCGCCAGUCUCGAUUGUCCACCAUCUCGUCAUUCUUUGUAUCUUCGCUCGGCGGUGCUGUUCCGUCACGUAUAUCCUUGAACGGUGGCCUCAACUUUUCUCGACCGCUCAGAAGACGCCCAGCCUCGUCAGAGGCGGAUGGUGCCUCUGUCAAGUCUCACCCCAAGAGUCCAAAGAGUGUCAAGUCUUCCAAAACUCAGCGCUGGUCGGCUGGCUCUCGGCGUUCAGAAAAGUCAGGCAACAGGCUUUCCGCUUUCGUCCUGCCGAGUAUGCAAGAAGAGGGCGAAAUUGUUGAAGAGGACAAACAGCCUCCCACUUCUACUGAAUCUGAAGAGAAGAGAGUGAUGGAGUGGAUCCGGCAAUCGCAGUUUGAGGACGAGCGAGACAGUUUGCCACGCUACAUGGAUAAUGAGAUGAGCCGUGGGGAGUAUGGCAGACACGACACCGUCAGAGGGGGCCCUCCCCCACCCAGCAGACCACCUCCUGCCCGACUAUCUCGUAAAUCACCCCCGGCAGCCUUGCCCAUAACGUCUCCUUCAUCUUCCCAAAACGCCAAGUCUUCAUCAGAAGAACAUUCCAAAUCUCCUUACCCCUCACAUCCCGGCACGAGCACUGCUAGAACCCUCUACCCAUUCUACUUGCCGAUACCCUCCCAGAGCAAGGUAGCUCUCUCUCCAAACCAGUCUGCGCUGAGCUCCCCAGCUAUUUCUCCAUCAACUUCCUCGGAAGAGGAGGGGCCAGCCAGUAGGCAUUAUCACGGGACUGUUGGCAAGCAUGUACCUCAGCUCCAUCUCAAUGCCGAAGCUAUCGCCUCCAGGCUGUGGGUCGGUGAUGAUUUGUUGGCGAGGUAUGAGGACUUCGAGAGCCACAAUUCGGACAAGGAUGGGAAUGGGCAAGUGGCGGCGCUAGCAGCUACUGUUGAUUCUCCUUAUGGGGGAAUAACGGAGGGAGGAGAAGCACUCACAGGCUCGGUGUCUCCGAGUGGUCCAUCACGCUCUCCACCCAUGUCACCCAUCACACCCCAAACAGCCAAUUCCAUCGCUUCCUCGAUGGAUGAUGUCUCUCUGGCAACAAUUACAACGGCAGAGAGAUCAGCGUUAACGCCACAGCUCCCUGUGUUGGCACUCAGAUCGUCUGUGGUUAGCUCUUGGGGGAUGGGAUUCAUGGGGGACGAAGAAAGGAUGAGGACGAUAUACUGGCAGAGCGGUGAGGGCCAUUAG